AUCGAUUUGCACGUUUCUGUCGACGCGCGAAGGAGCGAGAUUGAUUUUAUAUAAACGGAAUCAUCGGGCGCAUUUCGUAAGAGGAGACGAAUACACCUAAUUUUAGAAUUCGUCGCAUUCACGUCCGUUCGUGCAACGAGGAAGUAGAGCCUGCUGAUGUUUCAUAUUAAACGCACAAUCGAUCACUCUCAAUAACAAUUAGCGAGAAUGUCUCUGACGAAACAAGGAAACAUUUUGCUUGACGAAUUUCGUCGUGUUAUGCACGACACUGUCUCGCAAGAGGAAUCGCUCGUGACUCAAUUCGCGAGGCUAUCCGCGUCAGGUGAUAGACAAGAAAUGGUCAGGAUGCUUAUCGAAAUGUCCUACGUGGCAAACUUGAAACCGGGCGACUCGUAUGAGGGUAAGAAUGACGUGCAGGCCGCGCAGCUGUACGAGAAGUCGGUUAGGGCGGCAAUAGAGUCCAAGGAUGAGCACGCAGAGAUUAGAACCUGUAAUAUUCUCACCCAAGCACUGUUUGCGGCCAGUGCAAACGGUAGAGUGUUUCUAGAUGCGAUCUGCGAGCGCGCUAGACGUUUCUACAGUAUGCGCGUUUACGCGAGCUGCCUGCGAGACUGCGAGUGCAUGCUGGCGCUUCCUGCGAGUUUCUAUGACGACUCUGCGGAGAACGUUAAAUACUUCGUGCAGCGUAGGAAGGAAUGCCUUCAAUUAGAGCGAGAAUGCUUCCGAAAGUUGGAAGCUUCGUCCUCUAGGAAACGCGGCACCCGUAGAAAGACGUCUUCCUCCUCUUCCCAUUCUUCUUCCAGCGGCACGUCGCCCACCGUCGACGGCAAGCCGCAUAGCUGUCUUGCGAGCUGCCCGGAUAGCGUUGAGAUGCAGAUCGAUGAGACCAGGGGUCGACACCUCGUGGCUACAAGAGACAUCAAACCGGGGACUGUACUCAUUGUCGAUCGGCCGUUUUCCUUUAGCACAGACGCAUCGGCUCUCGACAGGAAUUGUUUGCAUUGCCAUGCCACACUUAAAUUAGAAGACAGCGUUAGAAUUCCAUGCCGCAAUUGUCAAACAGUUAGUAGAGCGCAUGAUUUAUAUUCGCGCAUGCUACGACGUGCCAUGUAUAUAGCGCCAGAUGUGGCCUUUUGCACAGAGGUGUGUCGCAAGGAAGCGUGGGAGUCGUAUCACCAAUACGAGUGUUCGGUAUUUAAUCACUUCUUCAAAAAUUCGUUGAACAACGAACGACAACAAUCGUCUUACCUCCUGCUAGCUUAUCGCACAACGGUUAUACAAGCGCUAUCGCUACGAAACAGAACAGAAACGACGUGCGUUUUGAAUCCUGAUUUUCUACGAUAUCAUGCUAAUGAUAACGCAAAAGAUAAAGAUAACGAUAUUAGUAAGGAGUGCGCGGACUUGGGAUCAAAGAGAACGUAUAGUCCUCUCGAUUAUCGAACGGUGUUUCAACUAAAGACUCAUUGCGCUGAUAUGGAACCUCACGUAAAUCUUAUUCGUACCGUUGAGGCGAUUUUUCUUGCGAAAUGCUUGAUCUCUGUAUUGAACAAACUGGACGUCAUUUGCACAACGGAAACAUUCGUUUUAUUAGCUGUCGCUAUGUUGCACCAUUUGCAGGCAAUUAAUUGCAAUGCAUACGAGAUUAUCGAGAAUGUCCACGACGAGGCAACGCGCGUCUGGGAGCCCAGAAAUAUCGGUGCUGCGAUUUACAGCACGGUCAGUCUCGUGAACCAUAGCUGUUAUCCCAACGUGGUUCGCCAUUCUUAUCCAAACGGAAUAGUCGUGGUUAGAGCUCUGCGCUUCAUCGGCAAAGGAUGCGAGAUAUUCGAUUGUUAUGGACCUCAUUUUCUCAGCGAGAGCAAAUUGAACAGAUGUGAGUUCUUGUGGAAGAAAUAUCGAUUUCUAUGCGGAUGCGAUGCCUGCAAACGGAACUGGAAAUUUCCGUUACCAGAAAUAAUGAAUUAUAAGUGCACGGCGUGUUCGAAACCGAUAGAUCUCUCGAUAAUAGAUGCAACGAAUCAGCGGUGUACCAAAUGCGAGAAAAUUGUUGAUUUAAAGAGAAUCGAGAAGCAACUUUGUAAAUCGAUUCAAAAGAGACUGAGCGCUAUCGCAAAAAUGUAUCAAGGAAAUUAUAAAGACGCGAUGCCUCUGCUAUUCGAGCACGCGGACUUUGUCAACAAACACUUGACUGAACCGAACAUCGAAGGUAUCAAAACAGAACAAUGUAUCGUCCAGUGUUACAAUUCUCUUGGCUCUAUUUCUGUCUAGUACUCCCUUAGUUGG